AUGUCCAGCUACUUCUACAACUCGGUUACCAAGAGGUGUGAGGAGUUUGUUUAUGGAGGCUGCCAGGGCAAUGGGAACAGGUUUCCCAGUAUGGACAAAUGUCUCCAGACCUGUGGAAGCUCAGAUGUAGAUAUCUGCCAGCUCCCUGUGCAGCCUGGCCCGUGUAAGGCCUACACGACCCUGUACUUCUACAACUCAGCCACCAAGAAGUGUGAGGAGUUCAGGUAUGGUGGCUGCCAGGGCAACGAGAACCGGUUUGCCACCAAAGACGAAUGUUUCCAGACAUGUGGACGCCCAGUUAAAGAGAUCUGCAAGCUCCCUGUGGAUGCUGGCUCAUGUUUUUCCUACAUGACUCGCUACUUCUACAACUCGGUCACUGACAGCUGUGAGGAGUUCGUUUAUGGUGGCUGCGAGGGCAAUGGGAACAGGUUUGCCACUAAAAAUGAAUGUCUCAAGACCUGUGGCAGCCCAGAUACAAAUAUCUGCCAGCUCCCUGUGCAGCCUGGCCCAUGUCAGGCUUACGUGUCCCGCUACUUCUACAACUCGGUUACCAAGAAAUGUGAGAAGUUCAGGUACGGUGGCUGCCAGGGCAACGAGAACAGGUUUGCCACUAAAGACGAAUGUCUCGAGACCUGUGUGCAACCAGUUAAUGACGUUUGCAAACUCCCUGUGGACUCUGGCUCAUGUUUUUCCUAUGUGACCCGCUACUUCUACAACUUCGUCACCAAGAAGUGUGAGGCGUUCACUUACGGUGGCUGCGAGGGCAAUGGGAACAGGUUUGCCUCCAUCGACGAAUGUCUCAGGACCUGCGGAAGUGCAGAGAAACCUGGCUUCUGCCCCAAGACAACUGGAGGGCUCUGUAUUCUGGGAUGCAAUGAUGAUGACGACUGUGUUGGAGCAGAAAAGUGCUGCAGUAAUGGGUGUGGCCGGACUUGCCAAAUCCCCACAGCAGGGCCGACCAGAGAGAGAGACUGGGAAGAACCGAGAGCCUGACAGCAGGGCCUGUGGGGGGAUGGGACAGGAUCCUCCAAUCCAGUCCCCACCUGACACCCAUCCC